AUUAAGCUUCCUGGCGCGUUACUCGCGUAGUCCUUCUCCUGCAAAACCAUUUGACUUGCGGCUAAAAUGCUUGCAUCUUCCGUGAACGAACCAGCUGGCGCAAACGGCGUUUGGCCAGCGGUUUGAGUUUGUAUCAUGGCGACCCGGUCCCAGCCGCUCGAGUGCCGCGUUUUGCUGGAAGCUAUCAAUGAGACUUGCCAGUCAAUCCCCAGCGACGCGCCUCACGAGCGCGUGCCUUCUCGCUCCUGGCAAGGCUGGGCUCAGGUCAUCAACAAGCUCGAACUUGUGGAGCGCCCCGAGCUAGUAACAAUCCUACGCGAUGCCGCGCACUGCUCGAAGCACCCGUUCGCCGCGUGCACGCGGUUGGAUGUCCCGGCGAAAGACGCGGUCGCGUUCCGGGCAUGGGAAACUGAAUUUGCUCAGCAACAAGCUACGCUGCAGCAGCUGGAGCGGAGGCCGUGCCUGACGGGAGGGGACGCGCAAGGGGACGCGCCUGGGGACGCACGAGGGAACGCGCCCGGCACCUUCGCCCACUGCCGCAUCGAGCAACAUGAGCCUGAGGACGGGGACCCGAGGGAUGCCGUGAGGUACUUCAUUAGCGGCUGCAUGCCAAGCAAGCCUGCAGGUUCCCGCAUCUCCCUCGCCGCUGCGUUCUGUAAGCGCACCUUUGGGGAGGACCACUUCAACAUCAUGCUGGAGGACUACAAGGUACGGCUGGCUUCUGAGGCAGGUCAGGCCAGGCUGAUUGGGCCUGCUGAGCUGUCAGGGGCAGUGGAGGCUCUGCAGAGGGGCCUGGCGCAGGGCCACGCAGCGGCACAGCAGCCGCAACCACAGGGGCUCCCAAUCCCGCAAGCAGGGCCCAGCCGUGAUGGUGCGUCUCCUGUAGCGGGCAAACGCCAGGCCGUGGCAGGAAACGGCGCAGCCCAGCCGCCGCCGCAGCGGCAGGCACGCGCACUCGGCCGGCCACAAGAGGCGCGUUCACCAGCAGCAGCGGGCCGCCACAAGCAGCCGCCGCAGCAGGUGGGACGGGGCCAAGCUCCGAACAGGCCGCCGCGGCAAGGUGUGGCGCCGGGGCGCGUGGAGACGGCUGACGACAACAGUGUUGAUGUCGACAUCCUGCCGGAGGAUCAGGAUGCCUUCACUUUGGCCUUCCUGGAGGCGUUCAGGGCUCAAAAGCGGCCGGUGCUGCAGCAGCAGGCCCGACGGAGGCAGCAGCAGGCGGAGCAGCAGGUGAUGGACCGCGUCGCCCUCGAGGCACAGCGGCAGCGGACAGGCCCGGUGCAGGCGCAAGGCCUCCGGCAGGGCGAGCUGGCGGGGCGGAAUGGGGCUCAGCAGCAGCCAACGCCGGGGCCGCUGGGCCGCCAGGGCCAGCGGCACGUUCAACAGCAGCAGACGGAGGCGGCGGCCGCGGCAGGGGGUGGUGCUGCUACGCGUGGCGCGGCUGAGACGAGUCCUGGCACGGAGCGGGGGAAGAAGCGUGGUCGCGAGGCGCCAGUGGCGAACCAAAGGCACGAGCCGCGCCCCGGCAGGCAGGCGGCAACGGCGGCUGCAGCCGGCGCGGCUGCAGCUGCGGACGAUGGCGACAGCGACGUGGAGGUCCUCGACACGCCGCCGGUGAAGCGCCCUGCACAAGAAGGCCAGCCGCGGCCGCAGCAGCAGCCCGGCCAGCCUGCGGCCCAGUGGCGGGCGCCCAGGAGGCGGACUGCCCGGCAGACGCAGCGGCGGAAGCAGAAGUCGCCGCGGCGGAUACCAACGACGGGGCAGGAGGCCGACGAGGAGGAGGAGUUGGAAGCAGGCGAGGAGGAGGACGAGGAGAUGGAGGACGAGGCCGAGGGGGACGAGGGGGACGAGGAGGAGGAGGAGGAGGAGGAGAAGGAGGAGGAGGAGGAGGAGGAGGAGCACAAUGGAGCGCAGGAGGAGCUGGCUGGCCCAGCGGGGCGCGCAGCCAGGGCUGCCGGGGCCGGAGCUCAGGGCCGGUCAGCUGCCGCUGCCGCCGUGGCGCCUUCAGCGUACCAGUUUGCCAUCAACUGUGGUGAGGCAUUUGAGCUGUGGUGCAAGGCGACCCGGUACCGCCGACGACGAGCACAAGCCGCGCAGCAGGAGCAGCAGCAGGCACAGCCGACACAGCGGCAAGUCGAACAUGCUGGAAGGCCUGUGAAGGCAUCGGCCGGUACCCAGGCGCGUGCACCGGGCGGGGACGCUGGGUCUGGCGGCGCCGGUGCCCCUGCCGUUGCCGCCCGGCCAGCACCGGCGAUGCCGGAGCGGCCUGCUCAUGGCUCGCCUGCCGCUGCCGCGGCCGCAGCACUGCAGUCACCCAAGCCGAAGCGUCGAGCCAUGCCGGCCUCACUCGUGCAGCCCAAGCCGCAGCCUUCCUCACCAAGCAAGCACUUGCCAGCGCAGCCUGCACAGCAGCGCACCGAUGCAGCUGUAGCGCCAACGCCGGCGGCGGCACCCGCCGUGGCAGCGGUUGAGACGGCGCCAGCGGCUGGCCGCCUGCAAAAGAGGCAGCUCCCGCUGCAUCGCGUAAAUCCAAUUGCAGCGGUGAAGGCGAGGGCCGCGGCGCCUACAACGUCAAGGCAACAGCCGCCAGCGGUUGCGCCGGUCGGCGGAGCCCUGGGGACCUCAGCGGCUGGGGCGGCCACCGUGGCUGCAGGAGAGCUUGCAUCUGCACCGGCAGCGCCCGUGGGCGCACCUGUUGCGGAAGGGGCGCCGGCCGCCGCGCCAGUCGUGCCAGCCGCUGCUGGUGCUGCCGUCACGAGCACCACCACGGCAGCGUUCGCGACCGCCAGCAGCGACGCCACUGACGGCACCGCCGUGACCGCCGACGCCGCCGCGUUCGAGACAACGGCCGCCACCACGUGUGCAGCCGGUGCCGUUGCCGCUGCGGCCACAACCACCGCGGCCGAGCAUGGCAAUGCGGCGCCGCCGAUUGUGGCGUUGGGCUCGGAGCCCGACAUUGUCAUCCCCGGCACCGAGUUCACCGCGACCGGCACUGCCACCACCACUGGCACCGGCAUCGCCACCGGCACCGAGUCGGACUCGUACGCGGAGCCGCUGGGGGCGCAGCCGCAGCCCAGCCUGGCCCAGGACAGGGAAGACCAGGAGGGCCGGGGUGAUCAGGAGGAGCAGGGUCAGGCACAGGCGCCGCCCCCAGGCGUGCGGGAUGGUGCGCAGAGCCCGGCCACGCAACUGCCACCCGUGCCGUCACCACCGGUCGUGGCGUCUCAGGGCAUCCAGAUGACCCAGACCAUGAUGGACAACUUCAUGGAGCACGUCCUGCAGCAACAGCAACAGAAGCAGAAGAAGCGGAAGCACGCGGAGGUGGCGGCGGUGGCAAUCCAGACAUCGCAGCUGCCGCUUGCAGCGGACGGGUCCGCGCCCGCAGCCACGUCGGUGCGGCAGCUUCCGUCACCGGAGCUGGCCGCCGCGCAGCCCGCUGCUGGUGCAGGUCGUGAUGGUGGCGCCCAUGCGGAUGGCGGCACUGCAGCGGACGGCAGUGGCAACGGCGGAUCGCGGCAGCCGUCGCAGGUCGGCGCGGGCGUGGGCGUGGCGGUGGCCGGUACGCCGCGCGGGCGCACCGCCGCGUCAGCGGCCGCGCACUCUGCAAAGGCCCCAACCCAAACCUCGCCGGGCGGCGAGCCAGUUGCCAGCAUCGCGGGCGCAGCUGCCGACGUCGCAGCGGCAGUGGCCGUCGCGGCUACGGUGCCCCUGCCGGUGCCUACUGCCGAUGCGGCUGUGCCGCUGCCUGGCCCCGACACGGGUCUCAGCUACAGGAACGCAGCACAGGCAGGCUCCGGUGCAGCAAGGGCGCCACUUGCAGCAGCACCUCCAACAGGCGUCCAGCAGGAGGCUGCAGGCGGCGACACACGCCUGGGUCCGGGCCCCAGCCAGAGUCCCAGCCAGAGCCCGGCGCCGCCCUUCCGGCGCCUGGCCCGGCGCGGCGUGCCGCUGCAGCUGCUGCUGGCUAGCGGCUGGCUGCCCGGCGGAGGCGACACCUCGGCAGGCGGGCCCAUUGCCCCGCUGGUUGCGCCCAGGCCGAUGUCUGACGCCCUCAACGUGUCCGCUGACGCGGUGGGCAUCAACUCCUGGCCGGACCUUGUGACGGCAGUGCUGGGCGACCUGCACGCGGACCCGCACGCCGCCGCUGGCGCUGCCAACCGCGCCGGUGGCGGCGCCGAGCAGGGGCCGCGGCGGCACAGGCGCGAGGGCGACGGGCCGCUGGACUCGUGGCUACCCACGCGCGUGCCCACCGGCCUUCAGGCGGAGGAGGGCCUGCCGUACACACGCGACAGCAUGCUGGGCGGACCGCCGGGGGCGGCGGUGGGGGCGGCGGCGGCGGCUGCACCGCCGCCGCAUGCAGGCUGCACCGCGCCGAGCUUGAAGGAGGCGCAGUCUGAGAUGGCGGUGUUCGAGGUGUCUGCGGCUGCCGCCGCCGCGGCGGCGGCGGCUGCAGCGGCGGCGGCAGCAGUGGCGGCGGCUGUGAUGGGGUCAGGGAGGAAGCCAGUGCGGCAGGACGCCGGCGUGACAGCCCCGCAGGAGGAGGCUGCCAAUGCGCAAGAGGCACCGCACGGGGGUCAGGGCUAUGCUGGAGAGGGCGCGGCUCGACAGCAGGACCAGGAGACACAGGAGCCAGCGCAGCCUGACACGACGGCCCCAGCUGCAACGCAGGCGCAGCCAGCCACUGCGCCUGCGGAGCAGGGGGCAUCAGAGGAGGACCCAUUCAUGCAAGACUUCCACAUCCAGAGCGCAGCCGGCCUGGACUUCUUCACGCAGCAGAUGUGAUUGAUAUGGUGUAACUGUCAAUGUUACGCUCGCCGUUUUCCGAACGUGCUUGAAGGUCGGCCAUCCAGGGUGGGGAGGUAAAUGUGCGGGGCUCGGGUCGACGUUCAUGCUCAAUCGGUGAUGCCACACGGUUGACUACCUUUUACCGUACCCUAUGCCUGGCGUUGCUUACUGGGUGAUAAGAGCGGGAGGCGUAAAGGACGUGACAUGGCCCGACCAUUAAGGACCUGGCCUGCAUUGUGGGCCUGCUACUGUACGGAUGAUGACUAAUUGCGCUGCUGCAGGGCCAACUGGCCUGGGACUGGGUUGACGCUGCAGGGGGCUCAGCGCUCGUUCCCCACGAUAACAUGCCUGACGCCCCCAACCGUGUUGCCGGUAGUCUGCGUAAACUUCCAACACCCCCA